GUGUCAGCGUCCGCGAUGGCCACGCUGUCGUUCAGCAUGUCCGUGGGCUACUCGUCUCCGGCACUACCCAGCAUCCGCCAGCGCAUGGGUCUGUCGGACAGCCAGAGUGACUGGUUUGGCGGUCUGCUCAACUUUGGUGGAAUGCUCGGCUCUUUGGCGGGUGGUAAGUUUCUUAAACUCAUCGGUGGCAAGAAUACCAUGCUGUUUUCUAUGGGGGUCAUCAUCACCGGCUGGAUCUGCAUUUUUGCAGGCACCGUUCCAGGAGUCCUCUUUACAGGCCGGCUGAUUACAGGUGUGACGAUGGGCCUUGUGUCGAUUUCUUGUCCACUCUUUGUGUCUGAAGUGAGCCCCAAGAACAUACGAGGUCUUCUCAACACUUUGUGCUUCAUGGCUUUCAACCUGGGCGUACUGAUGUCAUAUGUCUUGGGAAAAUGGCUAGCCUAUGACUGGCUCGCCGUAGCCAGCAUAGUUCCCGCGGUCCUGACAGCUCUGAUUUUACCGUGGCUCGCCGAAUCGCCGCGAUGGCUCCUCCAAGUCGGCCACCGGGAAGCAGCUCGGCUGGCCUUGCAGUCCUACAGAGGAUUCGACAUUGAUGGCGAGUUUAAGGACAUGAAGGACAACGUGGACAACGCCGAGGAGUUUCGCCUGUCAGAGUUGAAACAACCAAGCUUGUACUGGCCAAUCAGUAUCAUCCUUUUGGGUUUGUUCCUUCAGCAGUUUACGGGCGGCUCUGUGCUCAUGUUCUACACGGAGGACAUAUUUGCUACGGCUGGCUCUAUUUUGUCGGCGGCCGACAGCUCCAUCAUCGUGGGAACAGUGCCUUUGCUCAGCGUAGGAGUGGCGGCGGUGCUCACGGACCGACUCGGCCGUAAGAUGCUCUUACUCCUAUCGUUGACGAUGUGUGCGGUGAGCUUGGCAGCAUUGGGCACAUUCUAUCACUUUAAGCUGAAGAGGGAUGCAAGCUUUGUCGAGUCGUUGGGUUGGCUGCCCCUGUCUUCGAUCUGUAUCUACUUCCUCGGGUAUUCGGUCGGUCUCCGUCCCGUACCACCUCUCCUACUGGGAGAGAUGCUGCCGCUUAGGGUCAAGGGCUUCGCGUCGGGCGUACUCAUGUGCUUUUUCUUCGCGUGUGCGGCUGUCACGACGCUGCAGUAUCACCCCAUGCUGAUGCUUUUUGGGGAGGACGGCAUCUUUUGGUUGUACGCGAGUUUCGCUGUAGCUGGUUUUGUCCUGAUUGCUGCUUUCAUGCGAGAAACGAACGGGAAGUCGUUGGAAGAGAUCGAAGAGCUUUUCCAAAGAAAACAGACGGAAACCCAACCCGUGUUAUGUAGAACCCCGUGAAAAGAGGCUGAAUGAGACGCGAGGUCCCUUAGUAGUAUCAUACCCUACAGGGCGCGUGC